AUGACUAAGAAUCAUGUCAUUACUACAUUGGCACAUGAGAGGCAUGCAAUAACAUCUUCACUCAUGUUUUACCUUCUGAUUUUUGACAUUGUCCCUGUUGUAUAUAUCAUAGACUAUGGUCUUGCAAAAAAGUAUAGCGAUCUUCAGACGCACAAGCACAUUCCAUACAGGGAAAACAAGAAUCUCACAGGAACCACUUUUUAUGCAAGUGUUAACACUCACCUUGGAGUUGAGCAAAGCAGAAGAGAUGAUUUGGAGUCUCUUGGUUAUGUGCUUAUGUAUUUUUUGAGGGGAAGUCUUCCUUGGCAGGGAUUAAAAGCAGGUACAAAAAAACAGAAAUACGACAAGAACAGUGAAAAGAAGAUGCUUACUCCCAUAGAGCAACCAAGUGGGAAACUGGUUCUAAAUCCUGGGCCAUCUGCAGAGAGAAUAGAGAGAACUUCAGUUAAACUGUGCUGA